AGUACAACUGAGACCCGAGUCUGCUCUCGCGAAAGACUCGGCAGUGUAACGGAGAAAGGGCGACUCGCGCACAGCCGCGCUCCGUCCGUCCUGAGGUGCACCCCGCUUGACAGCCAGGCUUUACGGACAGGAGCUCCGUGUUCUCCGCGAGGACUUCGCCGCUCAGUUAUGGAAUAAAAAUGGUCCCGGCCGAAAGCAGAAUGACAAGACAAGGCGCAGCGAUGAAGUGUGUCAUCUGGAUUCUCACGCUCUCCCUGUUCACCGUCGGCUCCUGCGCUGAACAAGACAAAAAAGUAUGUCAAGGGCUUAGCAACAGGCUGACAAAGCUCCGGAAUGCUGAAGACCACUACAGGACCCUCAUGAGGAGUUACAGCAAUUGCACGGUGGUGCUGGAGAACCUGGAGAUCACUUACAUUGACGAAAACCGCGACCUGUCUUUCCUAAAGUCAAUAAAAGAAGUCGGCGGAUAUGUGCUGAUUGCCAUCAACACAAUUUCAAGAAUCCCCCUGGAGAACCUCCAGGUCAUCCGAGGACACACGUUGUACGAUAACAAGUACGCUUUGGCCGUCUUCUUAAACUUCAACAAAAGUGGGUCAGGAUUGCAGCAGCUGCCCAUGUGGAGCCUCACAGAGAUUCUUAAAGGUGGAGUCAAAUUUGCUAGCAAUCCUUACCUUUGCAACCUGGACAGCAUCAACUGGAGUGACAUCCUGGACACGAGUACAAAGCCGGAAGUGAUCCCCGCCAGUGAAAAUGUGAACUGUCCAAAAUGUGAUUCCGAAUGUUUCAACAGCUCCUGCUGGGGCCCUGGGCUUAUGGACUGCCAAACCUUCACCAAGCUGACCUGCGCCCAGCAGUGCUCGAAAAGAUGCAAGGGGCCGAUGCCAAGCGACUGCUGUAAUGAGCACUGUGCCGCCGGCUGCACCGGACCAAAGCCGACAGACUGCCUGGCCUGCCGGGAUUUCCAGGAUGAAGGUACCUGCAAACAUUCCUGUCCGCAGCUGAUGCUCUACAACCCCAACACCCACCAGCUGGAGGUUAACCCUGACGGGAAGUAUAAUUUUGGGGCCACCUGCGUGAAGAAUUGUCCACACAAUUACGUGGUAACGGACCAUGGAUCUUGUGUACGGACCUGCAACGCUGACACUUUCGAAGUGGACGAAGACGGAGUCCGGAAAUGCAAGAAGUGUGAAGGACCCUGCCCAAAAGCCUGCAAUGGACUGGGGAUGGGCGAGCUCACCAACGUCUUAUCCAUUAACGCGAGUAACAUCGACUCCUUCCAGAACUGCACAAAAAUCAACGGUGACGUCUCCAUCUUGCCGGUCACCUUUGCCGGCGACGGCUUCACCAGGACACCUCCAUUGAACAUUUCCAAACUAGAAGUGUUCAGGACGGUGAAAGAAAUUACAGGAUUUCUUCUUAUUCAACAAUGGCAUAUAAAAAUGCCCAGCCUUAUUCCUUUUGAAAAUCUGGAAAUCAUUCGUGGAAGAACGAAGCAGCAUGGAACCAUCAGUUUUGGAGUAGUGAAUACCGACCUCUCUUUCCUUGGACUGCGAUCACUAAAGGAAAUCAGUGAUGGCGAUGUGGUCAUUAAAAAGAACCCCAAUCUUUGCUUGGCUAAUACACUGCAAUGGAAAAAACUGUUCAAGCUGCAAAAGCAAGAUGUCAAGUCACAAAACAAUGCAAAUUUGACAGAAUGCGCCAAAAGAAAUCACUCCUGUCAUCCCCUGUGUACGAGCGAUGGAUGCUGGGGUCCUGGUCCCUCCAUGUGUUUUGCAUGCAGACAUUAUUCCCGGGCCCAGGAGUGCGUUGAGAAGUGCAAUAUUGGCGACGGGGACUCCAGGGAGUACAUUGAAGACAAUCAGUGCCUGGCAUGUCACCCGGAGUGCAAGCCACAGAACUCCACCAUGACCUGCUCUGGACCAGGUCACGACCAGUGCACAGAGUGCGCUCAUUUCAAGGACGGACCCCACUGUGUUCACAAAUGUCCUGCUGGUGUUCCAGGAGAAAAAGACACAAUCAUCUGGAAGUACUCGGACGAGAGCAAGGAGUGCCAGCUGUGCCAUCCAAACUGCACCCAAGGGUGUACUGGACCUGAACUUUCUGGAUGUGAUCACCCAAGCUCAAAGUUGUCAUCGAUUGCCGCUGGCGUGGUCGGCGGCCUCUUGGUGUUUGUCACCAUCGCCCUGAUUGUGUUCGUGCUGAUGCGCAGACGUCAUAUUAAAAGAAAACGGACUCUUCGCAGGCUGCUCCAGGAAAGAGAGCUGGUGGAGCCGUUGACCCCAAGUGGCGAAGCACCAAACCAGGCCCUACUGCGCAUCCUCAAGGAAACGGAAUUUAAGAAGCUCAAGGUCCUUGGAUCGGGGGCAUUUGGUACGGUCUACAAGGGUCUGUGGAUUCCUGAAGGAGAGGAUGUCAAGAUUCCUGUUGCCAUUAAAGUAUUGAGAGAAACGGCCUCCUCCAAAGCCAACAAAGAGAUUUUAGAUGAAGCCUACGUGAUGGCCAGCGUUGAGAAUCCGCAUGUCUGCAGGCUGCUGGGGAUCUGUCUGACGUCCACGGUCCAACUGAUUACGCAGCUCAUGCCCUAUGGCUGCCUGCUGGACUACGUGAAGGAGAACAAGGACAACAUCGGGUCUCAGUACCUCCUCAACUGGUGUGUGCAGAUUGCAAAGGGUAUGAAUUACCUGGAAGAACAUCGCUUGGUACAUCGAGACCUGGCUGCCAGGAACGUGCUGGUGAAGACCCCUCAACAUGUGAAGAUCACCGACUUUGGACUGGCAAAGCUGCUGAACGCUGAGGAGAAAGAAUAUCACGCAGAUGGAGGGAAGGUUCCCAUUAAGUGGAUGGCCUUGGAAUCCAUUUUGCACAGAAUUUACACCCAUCAGAGUGACGUGUGGAGUUACGGUGUGACAGUGUGGGAGUUGAUGACUUUUGGCUCAAGGCCCUAUGACGGCAUCCCAGCGAGUGGAAUUGCAAGCAUUUUGGAAAAAGGAGAGCGCCUCCCACAGCCUCCCAUCUGCACCAUUGAUGUCUACAUGAUUAUGGUCAAAUGCUGGAUGAUUGAUGCUGACAGCAGGCCCAAGUUCCGGGAGCUCAUGGCAGAAUUCUCCAAAAUGGCUCGGGAUCCUCCCCGUUAUCUUGUCAUUCAGGGAGAUGAAAGGAUGCACUUGCCGAGCCCCACAGACUCCAAAUUCUUCCGCAGCUUAAUGGAUGAGGAUGACAUGGAGGACGCCGUGGACGCAGAGGAGUAUCUCAUUCCCUAUAGAGGCUUUUUUGGAAGUCCUUCCAUUUCUCGGACUCAGCUCUUGAACUCAACGAGUGUCGGCAGCAAUGUGGGGGUGGCAGCCUGCUCAAACCGGAAUGGGCAUGGAUGCCCAAUGAGGGAGGACAGCCUGGUCCAUCGAUACUGCACGGACCCCACGACCUUCAUGCCGAAUGGUUUUCUGGAAACGGAUUUUCAGCCGGCUGCAGAAUAUGUCAACCAGAAUGGCCAGACGAUGUCCAAUGUCAUGAACCCCAUUUACCAGGAGGUCCUCUUGCCCAUCAGGACCAGCCAGCAGACACCAGACAUGGAGUCACACUACCUCAACUCGUUUGAGGAUAAAGCCGAGGACCAUCCCGAGUAUCAGAACACCAGCGCCAUGGACCCCUGCAGGCCCAACUUUGACAGCCCACGCUAUUGUGAGGAUGUCUUCAUCCACCAAACCAGUCUGGACAAUCCGGACUACCAGCAAGACUUUGUUCCUGUGAAAUCCAAGCCUAACGGACACUUGCCUGCCGCGGAGAACGUGGAGUACUUGGGUUUAACGGCGUAGCCCAAAGCCAAUUGGCCCGCCAUCACAGGCUUCAGCAUUUUUAUGGAUUUUUAGCACGUUUUUUUUUUUUUUUUAAAUAUAGGAAGCACUAUUGAUCUGGACAGUGGAAAAUGGGGGGGUGGGUGGGGUGAAUGUCACCAGAAAUGUAGACCACUGCUUUUGGCGAGAAGAAGGGUGGAUGUUUGCCCGUCGCUGUGGCCGAGGUGGACGGCUUAGCUCGGCUCUCACACGACACAAAGUCGAGGGGAAUGUGAUGUGAAACUUCUGGGCUGAGGACUUCGCCUGCUCUGUGGAGCCAAAAAGGACGAAAAAAUCGAAUGGCUGGCAUGCCGGAACUGAGCCUCGAGACGUUGUGCUCGUGGGCGCCCCAGCCAGACUUUGAUCAUAAUGUUUGUAUAAAUAUAUAAACGUAUAUCAUAUUUUCUUAAAUAUAUUGCAAAGAAAACCAACGGACGGAAUACAAUAAUAUACAGUUUGGGAGAAAAGACAACGGUACAGGCAGGGGGGAACUGAUGACAUUUCCAGACUUUUCCCAAUCCUGCAUCUUCAUCCCGACUGUUGGGAAUCCUGUGGAUCUCCGCUUUAUUUGGUUAGAAUUUUUUUUUAAACUGUCGUCAUUUGAACAAAAGAUAAGAAACUGUGAGCGUGUCUCCGGCCGCGUGUGUGUGUGUGUGUGCCAAAUUCUUUGAACUUGACAGCAGGAUUGUGAAUCAUUUUUUGUUCCAAUGUCAGUAAAUCUUUAUUUGAUAUAGCGCCUUUCACAGGACGGGCUAUCAAAAAAAAAAAGUAGCACUUUACAGAGCAAACCAUCAAUGGGGGAAUUGGAAAUAUGAAACUGUUCACAGUGCUGUCUCAAAAAUUCCAUAUCCAUGGAAAUGACUUGGUUUUUAUUUUUGUAUAGCGCCUUCCACAGUCCACCCUUAAAAGUGUUACUAGAACUGCAGUAUUCUAAAAAUGAUGGAAAUCCCCUUUAGGGUACAUGGCGCCUUCCUCAAAACAGUUUCAAAGUUGUAUUCAGUUCCUUGAAGUUAACUCCUUUCCAAAUCCACAGAAAUGACCCCAUCCUUGUCUUAUAUAGCACCUCUCACGGGGGGCACCACCUUCAAAAAGCACUUUACCGAACAAUUAUAAAUAUUAGACAUGAACGUGAAACUGUUCAUUUUAUAUAGUUUUCCACAAUGUAGUCUCAAAACCUUCAAAAUCUACAGAAAUCACCUGGUCUUUAUUGUAUAUAGCGCCUUUCAUAAAGCUACAGUAGUGAACAAUAUUCCAGAACUGUCCAAAUCCCCUAAAUGUUAUGUAGCAAAAUCCACAGCACACCCCCAAAGUGUCACUGAGUCCAUUCCAGUAAGCUCCAAAUCCAAACAAAUGAGCCCACCUUUAUGUUAUGACGUAGCACCUUCCACAGGGGGCGCUGUCAGAGAGCACUUUACAGAACAUGCGCAAAUCAAACAUGAACUGCACCUGACAAGCGCCAUUCAUACCGCGCUCUCAAAGCGGCCCCCCGUGUUACUUUAGUCGCUGAUCUGCAGGCACUUCCCAUAUGGCGCCUUUCGCUGUAGACGUACGCAGUUUUAUUGAACGUUCCGUACCCCUUAGCUAAAUCUGCUCAUUUCAGCCCCAGGAUUGUGGUGCCAGCUGGAGCAAGCGGUAGGGCGCGUGUCCCACUAAUCAAUAAUUUUCUAAUUCUACAGAGCUCAGCCAGGCUUUAGUUCCAGAAAAUAAAAGCUGCCAUAUAAAAUAUCUAGAAGCAAUUCCAGUUCUGAAAUGAAAGAAGAAUUGGCCUGUUUUUUUUUUUUUAUUUUGUGCCUUUUUAGAAUAUGGUGUACUUCUCAUCCACCCUAAUAAAAGGAUGUCUGUCAGUGUGUCUGUCCAGUUGCUGUGUCUCCGUCAUUCCUAAAGAUGGUGCAUCACCAACAUUUUUAGUAGUAAGAUGCAUUUAUCAUUCCAACAGAUGGUGCAUCAUAAGCAUUAACACUGCUUUUAAGAUUCCCAUACCAAAUGGCAGAUAACAAAGGCAUAUGUAUUACGUUUGUCAUUCCAACACAUGGUGCAUCACAGACAUUAGCAAUGCUCUUAUGAAUCCCAUACCAAAUGGCAGAUAACAGAGCCAUAUACAUUACAUUUAUCAUUCCAACAAAUGGUGCAUCACAAGCAUUAACACGCGGCAAGUGACCGGUCAGAAAAAGGGCCAUUUGUGGGUGGAUGCCUGCAUUAAGUGUUUAUGUCAUAACAGCUCUGAUCCUCUUCCUCUGGAGCUAAAAUAUUUUUGCACGUCCACCUUAAAAAGAAGAACAUUUUUAACGGUGAAUCAUGGAAGGCGCUAUACAAGACAACAAUCAGUAGGCCACUUCUCCUGUUUUAGUUCUGGUUGUAAGCCAAUUGAGUCGUUCUCAGCAGCCAUGCUGGUCUGAACGGGACCCCCAGCCCGUGUCUCUACUGCGUUGUGCCGGGGACUCUUCGUCUCCUCGUCUCGUGUUGCGCUUCUGAAUCUCCUUGUUUGUCUUGAUGUGUUGUGUGUGUGUAGAUUAUACAGCCUUCUUCUCAUUGUUUCCAUGACUCCUCUUCUGUCUGUCGUAUAUUUUCUCUUUCCCUUGACUUCCUGUCUCCUAUGCCCGAUUUACUUCAGUCUCGCGUCUUUCUGCGUUCGUAACGUCUAAUCUCGUUUUAACGACUUCCUCUCUCAUACGUCUCACUUAUCUUGUUCUUCUCCCCUGACGUCUUGUGUGAUUGUUCUAAUUUUCUAUUUCCGUUGCUGUCUCAUUGUUUCUUGUGUCUCUUUUGAAUUUCCUCUUUCCCUUGACUUUCUGUCUCACGUCAUCGACCUCACGUUUUGCUUUGUAACGUCUCGUCUCCGUUUAACGAGUUCCACUUUUAAAUGCCUGAUUUCUCUCAUUCCCUCAACUUGACAUUUUGUGUUGUCCUCAUUUUCAAAUCUCAUUAUGUCGUAUCGCUGGCUCGGCCCACACUACGAAAACUGACGUUUUUUUCUUCACAAAAAUGGCAGAGACCCGUUUGUCGUGCAAAUUUGUGUUUGAAGUUAAGCAUUUUCAAUACAUUUUUUAAAAUGCACAGUCGGUCCUGGCGGGUGUAUAUUUUAAACAUAUUCGACAUUCUUUAGUUCCCGUUUCCUGAUGUCUCGUCUGUUUGUCUUCAUUUUCCAUUUUAAUUAUUUAUCGUAUUGUAUGAUUUAUUAUCUCGUUCUUACGAUUUCUGUGGUCUAAUUUUGAAUUUUUCAUUAUUUCUACGACUUCUCUUCUUGCGUAUACGGCACAUUAUUUUGUUCCCGUGUCUUGUGGUUUUGUCUGCUGUUCCUGUUUUUCCCUUUGUGUUUGUCAUUUCCAUGUCCUGCUGUCUCGUCUUUUGGUUCUAAAUCUCCAUUUCCGCUCCUUACUGCCUUGUCGUUUUGCCCGACUGUCCCCUCACUAUCACCCAAUUUUCGUAUCUUUUAUGGCCGUAACUUCCCUUUUAGUCGGUUUAGCACUUGGCAGCUCGACAUGGCCGCUCACGCCUCCUUCAGACGAUUCUGUUUUGGCGGCUGCCGUCUGCACCUUUGCUUCGAUCCUCUGAGGAGUGACGUUUGUUGGCGGUCGUUGGACGCGCUGGCCACAUGUUCCGGUUUCUGUCACGUGACUUGUUGUCGCCGAUGCUCUCAUCGAUUCUGUUUUUAUGUACAGUAGAUACAACACUGACAUAUGUAAAUACGUGCUGUAUAUAAACGAUUGUCUUUUUACCAGAUUUAUAUAUUCUGUCUGUAUAUUGAGAGGGGGAGGAAAAGAAGAAUUCUGUGUUAUGGACUUGAGCCGCACGCGGGGAGGGGGGAACACAACGUGGGUCUGUACAGCUUGUGACCGUUACGUGACAUUUCAUUUGGUUGGUCUCUGAAAUAUGGCAGCAAACCACAAGAUCUGCAAAGAGGGGUCUAUGAAAAAAAAAGAAAAGGAAAAUAAAGAAAGCGCUUUAGCAAUAAUGGACCACCAGCACAUGGAGCGUGACGCAGACCCCCAAUGUGCGCGCGCUCGUUCAUUUCUUCGUUCGUCACUUAACUCUGUUAACAAAUCGUCCGCCAAUUCCAGAAUGUUCCAGUCACCUCUGCUCGAUGCUGUAACUGCUGCUGCGUACUUGUAUCUCCAAUAAAGCUCAUGUGAGAUUUGUA